CCCUUUACCUCAACGAAAAUAUCGAAAUCUUAGAGAAGAAGAGAAAGAAAAUAGAAAAGAGAAAUGACGACGACAGAGAAGAAAGAGAUGGAAGUGGUGAAAGGGCUGGACCUGGAGAGAUACAUGGGCCGUUGGUACGAGAUUGCUUCUUUCCCCUCCAGAUUUCAACCAAAGAACGGUGUCGACACGCGCGCCACCUACACCCUUAACCCAGACGGUACGGUGCACGUCUUGAACGAAACUUGGUCCAACGGGAAGAGGGGUUUUAUCGAAGGCAGCGCCUACAAGGCCGACCCUAAGAGCGACGAGGCUAAGCUCAAAGUCAAGUUCUACGUCCCUCCUUUCCUCCCCAUUAUUCCCGUCACCGGAGACUACUGGGUGCUCUUCGUCGAUCCUGACUACCAGCACGCCCUCGUUGGCCAGCCCUCCAGAAGUUAUCUCUGGAUAUUGAGCAGGACGGCGCAUAUGGAGGAAGAAACGUACAAGCAGCUGGUGGAGAAGGCCGUAGAGGAAGGAUACGACAUCAGCAAGCUUCACAGGACUACUCAGAGUGACACACCACCUGAGGCCGACACUGCCCCCGCGGACUCCAAGGGCGUUUGGUGGUUCAAAUCUCUCUUCGGCAAAUAGUUACAGAACACACUUAUAAAAGUCUUGUUUCACCUUUUUUCUUUUUUUAAACUCGUUUGUCUGUGUAAUAUAUUUCCCCUAUUGUCUUCUCUAGUUGUCGUUCAUCUGCU